UAAUCCAAUCAUUUGACAAAUAUGUAUCAAAAUCCAUUUUUUAAAUCAAAAAAAUAAUACAAGAACCAAUGUAUUUUCCCAGAAAAAGAAGAAAAAAAUCAAAAAACGAAAAUCACACGCAAUCAUCAAAUUUCUGGAUUCUGUCUGUGAAAAAGUCAAGAACUUUGAGAAAAAUUGGAUAUUAGGUGUCUUGUUUUCCAUCUUGACAAGAUAGUAGUAGGUUUAGUAGAGAUGGCUACAGCUGGAAAAACCAGAGCUAUGUUUGAAGGUCUAGUAAAAGAUGGAUCACUUAAAUGGUUGCUUGGCAAGAAGAGUUAUUUUGCUGAAGAAUUUGAGGAGAUGGAAAAUUCACCUUCUGCUGGGAAGAACUUUGUACGCGAACUAUCUCCAGUUGCAAACCUAGUUGUUCGUAGAUGCGCAAAAAUCCUCAAGACCUCUUCAAGUGAUCUUCAGGAGGGCUUCAAUCUAGAGGCAUCUGAUUCCCUAAAGAAUCCAUCACGAUAUGCAAGGAACUUAUUGGAAUACUGUUGUUUCAAAGCUCUUUCAUUGAAAGCGCAAAUAUCCGGUCAUCUACUUGAUAAAACGUUCCGGCGCUUGACAUAUGACAUGAUGUUAGCUUGGGAGGUCCCGGCUGCAACUAGCCAACCUCUUACUAAUAAGGUUGAUGAAGAAGUAUCUGUUGGAUUAGAAGCUUUCUGUCGAAUAGCUCCCGCAGUUCCCAUCAUUGCCAACGUCAUUAUUUGUGAAAAUCUUUUUGAGGUGCUGAGUUCGUCAACUGGAGGCCGCCUUCAGUUCCCCAUCUAUGACAAGUACCUCGGUGGGAUAGAAAAAGCAAUAAAAAAAAUGAAGAGCAAUUCAGAUUCGUCUCUCCUUUCUGCUAUAAGACCGACUAGAGGUGAGAAGAUUCUUGAGAUUGAUGGAACAGUCACCACACAGCCAGUCCUUGAGCAUGUAGGAAUAUCCACAUGGCCUGGAAGGUUAAUCUUAACAGAUCAUGCACUUUAUUUCGAAGAACUUCGCGUUGUAUCAUAUGACAAACCAAAAAGAUAUGAUUUAGCAGACGAUCUAAACCAAGUUGUUAAACCCGAAUUGACUGGACCAUGGGGUACUCGACUAUUUGACAAAGCAGUAUUCUAUAGUUCGACAUCCUUAUCAGAACCAGCUGUACUAGAAUUUCCAGAGCUUAAAGGACACGCUCGUCGUGAUUAUUGGCUAGCCAUCAUCAGAGAGAUUCUUUGUGUUCACAAAUACAUAAGCAAGUUUGGAAUUAAAGGGGUGGCACGGGACGAAGCACUUUGGAAGGCUGUUUUAGGAAUAUUGCGUUUGCAGGCCAUCCAAGAUAUUAGUUCUCUAGGCCCUGUACCGAAUGAUUCUCUUCUCAUGUUUAAUUUAUGUGAUCAGCUUCCAGGUGGAGACUUGAUAUUAGAAACCCUUGUAAAUAUGUCAAACUCGAGCGAGUCAAAUCACGGGCAUGAUUCCAAGCCUGAAAGUGGAAUGUAUUCUAUCUCGGUCUUGGACACAGUUUCUAACUUAGGAUUCGUAUUUGGAACAAGUUCAAACAGCUCUGUUGAGAGCAGGAUUGCUGUUGGCGAAAUAACUGUUGGAGAAACGACUUUGUUGGAAAGAGUGGUUAAAGAAUCUAAGAACAAUUAUAAAAAAGUCGUAUCGGCACAGGCAACAGUUGACGGUGUUAAAGUUGAUGGUAUCGACACUAAUUUAGCUGUGAUGAAGGAACUACUUUAUCCUCUAGAUGAACUUAGGAAGUGUCUUCAAUCUUUGCUAAAUUGGGAUGAUCCAUUGAAGUCUUCUGGGUUUUGUUUGUUCUUUGGUUACAUCAUCUGGAGGGGUUGGGUUGGCUAUGCAGCGGCACUAGUGCUUGUGUUCAUUUCAGCUUUUAUGAUCAUUUCCAGAUGUUUUAAUCAAGGUAGGUCUGUAGCUGAAGUUAAAGUAAUAGCCCCUCCACCAAUGAAUACAAUGGAACAGCUUUUAGCUGUUCAGAAUGCUGUCUCUCAAGCUGAACAGUUCAUACAAGAUGGUAACAUAUUUCUACUCAAGUUCCGCGGCUUGUUGCUGUCCAUUUUUCCUCAGGCUACAGAGAAGAUGGCAUUUGGUCUUCUAUCAGCAGGGUUGGUUUUGGCUUUCUUACCAACUAAAUACAUAGUUCUUCUAGUGUUCUUGAACACAUUUACAAUGUUUUCACCUCCAAGGAAAGCUAGCACAGAGAGAUGGGAGAGGAGAUUUAGGGAAUGGUGGUUCAGCAUACCAGCUGCUCCUGUUAAACUUGAAAGAGAUAAAGAGGACAAGAAGAAAAAGUGAUGAUGGCGAAAUCUUUGCUUAAGCUAUGUACAUGUUUGUAUUGAAUACAUUCCUUUUCUCCUCUUCGCAUGCGGAAGUAGAUUCCCUGUUGUAUCAGUGCCACAGUUACAAAUCUCGACUGUCCGCUCAUAAGUCAGUGGCCGAGAUAAUUUCAUAUUAAUGUACUGACUGUGUAGAACCAUCCGAUCUCAAAUUAAUAGCCAGGAUUGAUUACCACGUGUGACUUCGUGAUAUUUUUACAGCAGGGAUUCUAAGUCCCUUCUUAUAUAUAGGAAUGUUUAAAAUGUAAAACUCAACAGUUGAAGCAAAGAAUGAAAUGAAAUCUUAUCUCCCAA